CCCGUCCUGUACUUUGAACGGGUUGGAUCUGAGGAAGGAGACGCUCCGGAGCAGGUUCUUCUCUCUCAGGUGUCCAGCUGUGUGAGUACUCGCUUCAGGGGAAACAUGUCUGAUCCUCAGGCUGCUGGAGACACUGUGGACGCAUUUCCAGUGUCAAGGAGAUCGAACGGAGCAGGUGAGCCGCCAGGUGGCGGUGAGCCGUCAGGGAAGGGGGAUUCCCCCCCCAUGGAAGCCUCGGACCCCUACCGCUACAGCAUGGACUACCCCGAGAUGGGAACCUGUCUGAUCAUCAAUAACAAGAACUUCCAUCGCAGCACCAACAUGAGCCUCCGGAACGGGACGGACGUGGACGCCGCCAUCGUCAUGAAGACCUUCCGCCAGCUGGGCUACAAGCUCCGAGUGGCCAACGACCAGACUGUGUUCCAGAUGAAGGCUCUGAUGCAGAGUGUGUCUGAGGAGGACCACAGCAGCAGCGCCUCGUUGGUGUGCGUGCUGCUCAGCCACGGCGAGGAGGGCGUCAUCUACGGCACGGACGGCUGCGAGCGGCUGGAGACCCUCCUGCGCUGCUUCAAAGGGGACCGCUGCCGCAGCCUGCUGGGGAAACCCAAGCUCUUCUUCAUCCAGGCCUGCCGCGGCUCCGCUCUGGACGACGGCGUGGAGCUGGAGACGGACAGCGUGGACAGCCAGGUGUCAGAGAAGAUCCCCAUCGAGGCCGACUUCCUGUACGCCUACUCCACCGCUCCAGGGUACUACUCCUGGAGGAACACCACCAACGGCUCCUGGUUCAUCCAGUCCCUGUGCGACAUGCUGCUGCGCCACCCGUCCCUGGAGCUCAUGCAGAUCAUGACGCGGGUCAACCGCAAGGUGGCGCUGUCCUUCGAGUCCUCCACCAACCUGCCCGGCUUCGGCUGCAAGAAGCAGAUCCCCUGCAUCGUGUCCAUGCUCACCAAGGAGUUCUACUUCCCCCCUACGGCCCAGUGAUCCGCUCCGUCCUGCAGUCUGGACUGGAUUUGUAUUUCAGAAACACCGCGACUUUCAGAAUAAUGGGAACGAACGGGGAGUUGGGGUUUUUUUACAUGUUCUGUAAGAUACUAUGUAGAAAUGUAAACGCCACGUGCAGCCACGUUUUACCAGCUGGAUUCUCUCAACAUGUUUGAACAAGUUUAUUUUUAUUGAUAUUUGAUGAGAUGAUGGAGCACCCUGCUCUUUUCCACUUGUCCUUCUCAUGCCAGGGUUUUUCUGAAUUAGUAUAAAUAAAUAAAGACAUUCAUUCAUUCAUUCAUUCAAUUAGACUGAUGUUAUUUUUUUAAUAGUAGUGGCGAGUAAAACCAAAAUGGUGUAUUUCUGUGGCGAAAUGCUUAACAGGGGAUGAAAUAAUUCAAUUAAAACACCAAGAAGAGACAUAUUUGGCCAUCUUAUAGCAUUAUUAUGAAAGAUGUUGGUAUUACAAGUGUUGUCAUGAACUGAAAACGCCUUAAAAUGUUUUAAAAUAACAGGAAUGU